CAAGGGUCCUUGCUUGUUGUAUAAAUAAUACACAUAUAUAUCUAGAUUUAGUUCUCUUUGUUCUUUACCAAAAACAACAAAAAGAAAAAAAAGAUAAAGAAAAAGAAUAAAAGAGAUAUGGCAACUCUAUCUCAAAUUUUGGCACAAAUAUACACCAUGACCUUACUCUUCUUCACCAUUCUAGUUCUUGAACUAGUAAUCCUUCUCCGUUCAAUCUCCGGCGCCGUCUACGACUCCGGCGACCGCCCCCUCACCACCACGCAGUACCUGAAACUCAUCGAGGAAAAGAUUCCGGCCACCGUGUACGACGCGGCGGCGGAGGCGGCGCCGGAGUGCACGGUUUGCUUGUCGGCGUUUGAGGAGGGGGAGGCGAUUAGGAAGCUGAAAUGCAAGCACGUGUUUCACAAGGAUUGCCUUGACACGUGGCUGCAGCAGUGCGCUGCCACGUGUCCGCUCUGCCGGAGAAAGCUCCUGCCGGAGGAGGUGGUUUUGCGGUACCGACAGCGCCGGAACCCGCCGGAGUACGAAGGAAGCGAUGAGGAGCUUGUCUACUUAUUAUCCGCAUUGCACGGUAAUUACUUGCGCAGAUUCAUGUGAAUGGAAUCUAAAGAUUUUGAGAAAUUUUUGUCUGUUAAUGUACAGGGUUUUUGUUUUGUUUGUUUGUUUUUUUUUUUUUAAUAAUGUCGUGUAAUGUAACACUUUACACCUAGAAAGGAAAUUUGGCCCAUAAAAUAGAUUGAUAAUAUAAAA